CGGACGGAGUCGAAGGCGGGGAGACGAUGGGGGCGAUCGGCGAUAGCUCCGCGCUCACCACCGCGCAGCUCACGACUGUGGCGGAGAUCAUGGUCGCGGGAGCGUUCUUCUCCACCCUCGGCUCGCUCGUCAUCAUCACCGUCUUCCUCAACAGCCCCGAGCUGCGAAAAUCGUUCGCGUUCCAGCUCGUCUUCGGCCUCGCGCUCGCGGAGCUGGGCAACUCGUUCUGGCCGUACUUCUUCAUGCCGCGCGAGGGCGCCGCGUGCGAGUGCCAGGCGGUGCUGCUGCAGUUCUUCUCGUUCGCGUCCAUAGCGUGGUCCGCGGUAAUCGCCUGGACCCUCGAGAUGGCCACAAACACCGAGCGCAAGCCGGGCGGUCCGUCGCCGUCUUCCCUCGCGUCUUCCGUCUUGGGCAUCGGCGAUCCGACCCGCGUACCGGACGUUCGCAAGUUCCACGUCGCGGUGUGGUCCACCUCGUUCGUCUUGGUCCUCGUCCCCUGGGCCGCCGGCGUGUACGGACCCGCGGGUGCGUGGUGCUGGAUAGAUCCGAGGCACGGCGCCGAGGCGCACGCGCUUCGUCUGGUGUGCUUCUACCUGCCCCUGUGGUGCGUCGUGGGGUUUCAGAUCAGGACCUACCGCCGGGUGUACUUGAGGCUAAGGCGCGUGGCGUCGCUGGCGGCGGCGACGGCGGCGGUGCGGGCGGACAUGCGGCGCGAGGCGAGGGAACGCGACGCGGCGAGGAUAUCAAACGCAGACGAAAAAACGCAAACGGGGCUCGAGACGAAUGCCGAUUCGUCCGUCCCUGAUGACGCGACUACUCCCGCGACUCCCGGAGGCGAGACGGCGAAGGACGAGGACGAGAUCGACGUGGAGGCGACGCUGAGGCGGUUGCUGCGCAGACUCGGCGCGUACCCCGCGGUCCUCAUUGUCGCCUGGACGUUUCCGACGAUCAACCGACUCAACAAUUACGUCCAGGGCGCAAAGACGGGCCAGGGCGAUGACUACACGCUGUACGUGUUGAUGGCGCUCGGCAUGAGCACGCAGGGCGUGGGCAACGCGGUGGUGUACGGCAUGUCCGGCGCGGUGCGGCGCGAGGCGGCCGUCUUACUGGAGCGGUGGACCGGGGCGAGGUUCGGGGGGGGUCCGUUUGGUCGGUGGGGACGGGGGAGCGCCGCGGGCGGUCUCGCGAGGUUGGCGAGGGAGGGCGAGCGAGGGACGGAGAUGAGCGCGAGGCGGGCGGCGUCCCCCGCCGUCGCGAACGCCGAGGAGGGCGGCGAUGCAGGGCCGGGCGACGAGGGACGCGAAGUUCUGUUGGAGGUGGACGAAUCCUUGAAGUGAGUCGGUCUCUCGAGUAAGAGUUUCGUCUUGCGUAAAAUUUCGUGAAAUCACUGCUCCUAACUGGGACU